ACCACCAUCCAAAAUGCAAUCGGAAGCCACCCAACCGCCCCCAAACUUCUGGGGCGACAUGCCGGAGGAGGAGUACUACGCCUCCCAAGGUGUGCGCCACACCCACUCCUAUUUCGACACUCCUAACGGAACCAUCUUCACGCAGUCAUUUCGUCCCCUGGACGAGACCCAACCAGUGAAAGCCACUGUUUUCAUGACCCACGGCUACGGCACCGACUCCGGCUGGCUUUUCCAGAGGAUAUGCAUAAGUAUUGCAACGUGGGGGUACCACGUCUUCACCGCCGACCUCCUCGGCCACGGCCGUUCUGAAGGCAUCCGCGGCUACAUCGGGGACAUGGAAAAAGUGGCAGCCACGUCCCUCUGCUUCUUCAAGAGCGUGAGGUAUAGUGAAGAGUAUAAGGACUUGCCGGCCUUCUUGUUCGGGGAGUCCAUGGGCGGGCUGAUCACCACGCUCAUGUAUCUCCAGUCGGAACCCGGAACCUGGACCGGCCUCAUCUUAUCGUCUCCACUUCUCGUCAUCCCUGAGAACAGGAAGCCCUCCAAGGCGCUCCUGUUCAUGUACGGCCUGCUCUUCGGGCAGGCCGAUACAUGGGCAGCGAUGCCAAACCAGGAAGCUGUGGGGAACUCCAUUAGAGACCUUGACAAGCUAAAGAUCAUGGCCAGAAAUCCAAGGAAAUACGUAGGAAAGCCGAGGGUCGGAACCAUGAGGGAAAUAGCCAAUAAAACCGAGUAUGUUCAGAAAAAUUUCGACAAGAUCACUGUACCGUUUCUGGUAGCACACGGAACAGCCGAUGGGGUCGCAUCUCCUGCCGGAGCAGAAAUGCUGUACGAGAAGGCAAGGAGUGAGGACAAGACCCUGAAGCUGUACGAGGGACUGUAUCACUCCUUGAUCCAAGGCGAGCCCAAUGAGGAUGCCAAUCGAGUUUUGGCUGAUGUCAAGGCAUGGCUUGAUGAAAGAGCUGCCAAAUAUGGACCAAAACAUGAUGCAUAAUGCAUAAUGCAUAAUGCAUAAUGCUAAGGGUGAUAAAUGCAGACGCAGUUGUAUCAGCUGUUUACUUUAGAAUAACAAGAACUAUAUCCUAUGUAUUCUGAAAUCAAAUACAAUAAGCUUUUUCAAGUUA